AUGAGCAGCAGCGAGAGCGAGCGCCGAACUGCGAGCGAGCCCAGCGGCAGCCCGCGCCUCCAAAGACAGAACUCGUCGUCGUCGUCCGUGGCGUCGACUUCGCUCCUCCGGAGCAACUCGAGCUUCCGAGGCGCGCUGCCAGGUAUGCUCGAAGGCCGCUUUCUCGGGGUCCUCGCGUCCGGCCUCGUCGACAAGCGGCGCGAAGGCGCGGUCCGCGCCGGGUUUGCGCGCCGCCUCUUCAUUCUCAGUGUGCGUGGGCUCCAUUACUACCGCAAAGGCGACGAACAAGAGGUCUUUGGCACGGAGCGCGGCCAGCUGCCGCUCAAGGACGUCGGGUAUGCCAAGGUCGUGCCCGAGGAAGAGGCGCCGUACGGCACCAUCGAGGCCGGCGUCGACUCGCACUUUGUGGGCAUCUUCUCCAAGCAGCACACGCUCACGUGGUUCCUCCGCGUCGAGUCGGCCGAGUCGGCCAAGUACUGGGCCACGUCCGUGAACGCAGCGCUCGAGAUUGGCAAGAAGAAGGCGUUCCCGACGGAAUGGACCGCCGAGAUGCUCGACAUGUACACCAAGAUUGCUGUCGGCGUGCCCGCGUCCCCGGAGGUCAGCGACGGUCGCCAGCCGACGCCGGCCGCAGUGGCUGCCCCCAGCGGCAGCCUCCCGCCGUCCCCGUUCUGGAACAUGCAACCCAUUGUGCUCGGGCUCUCCAUGUCGACGGCGGCGGGGCGCGAGCGUCUCCUUACGCGCAAGCUCGAGCUCGAGAAGGACGUGCUCCUCGGACCGAUUCCGCUCAGCCUCAAGGUCAAGGAAGCGUGCUACUUUAUCAUGAACAACCAGGACGUUGUCGUCUUGCCGCACGCGCAGCUGGCGCCGAUCAUCGCGUCCGUCGACGCGUCGGGCCGCGGCAGCCUCGAGUGCGUCCUCAAGGGUGCGCGCACGGCCAUCACUGUGGUUGCGCACGUGACGCGCGUCGUGUCACGCGUGCCGUCCGCGACCCUCGCGCCCGAGCGGCCGCCAGUGCCGAGCCUGUUUACGACGUCGACGACCUUUGGCGCGCUGUACCUUGUGAGCUGCGGCAUUGCGCUCGCCUUCUCGCCGCCGUUCCAGGGCGUCAUGAAGGUCACUGCCACGCUUGGCGUGCUCCUCGCGCUCUCGGUGCUCGGCGUCGCGUACCUCGACUAUGCGCAGCUGGCGUCGGUGCUCCAAGCGUCGGCGGCCCGCGAGUCGCCGCCGUCGCCCAGCGCCAGUCUCUACAAUGUCGUUCUGCGCGUUGCGUCCGUGGACCUCUUGUCGCCGGACGAAGCCGCCGAGAGCGCGACGACCGAAGCCGAGACCGCCGACCAGCGCCCCGAAGUCGACGACGAGGAAGACGCUGUCGUCGUGUCGGUGCCCGUGCGGCCCGACGUGAUCCCGGAGCUGGCGUUCUCGCCGCGCUUCCUUGCAGCUGAGAAGGGCGACGAGGCCAAAGGUCGCGCGCGCUACGAGGCGACUCUGCAGUGGCGCCGCGAGAACCACGUCGACGGGAUCCUCUACGAGGUGCAGCCGCAUUUCCACCUCAUCAAGCAGUGCUACCCGCAGUACUUCCACGGCCGGUCCAAAAAUGGCAACUGCGUCUACUACGAAAAGCUCGGCAAAAUCGACCUCAAGCGCCUCAAGAGCGCCGGCCUGAGCUUGGACCAGCUGCUGCGCCACUACAUGUACAUCACCGAGUACCUCUGGCUCAUUCUCGAGCCGUCCGACACGGGCCGGACCAUCUCGGUGCUGGACGCCGAGGGCGUCGGGUUCUACGACCUCACGGGCGAGGUCAUGGAGUUUGUUCGGCGGGCGAUGGCGUUCGUGUCGGCGCACUACCCGGAGCGCAGCGCGCAGAUCUUCAUCGUCAACGUCCCGACGUGGUUCAACGUCAUCUGGAAGGGCAUUAGCCCGCUCGUCGACCCUGUCACGAAGGAGAAGAUUCGCAUCUGCAAGGGCAAGAUGGUCAAGGAAGAGCUGCUCAAGUCGAUUGAUAUCGCCGAGCUACCCGCUGACUAUGGCGGCGACGGCCCCGCGCUCGGCGGCUCGGCGGAAGAGAAGGCGCUCGCGGCGUACGUCGAUCAGUUUACCCACUAA